UCCUUUGGAGGUUUAACCAGAAGAGACCAAUUUCAAGAUGCAUUCAAUGCGAAAUAGUAUUCCUGAGAUAAAACAGCUAACUGUGACUGAGAUUCCAGCUGGUAGUACUGCAGUUCUAAAUUGUCACAGCAAUGAUGUGGACCACAACUUUAUGUUCUGGCUAUUCAAUGGCACAGACGUAAUUGGUCCUGGCAAUGUGUACAACGAACAGAAAUAUAAGUAUGAAGUACUCUCUGGGAAACUGCACAUUCAUGAUGUGUCUACGAGAGAUUCUGGGUACUACCACUGUAUUUCAAAGAAAGUCAAUGGGAUUGGUUACACUGUGGGGCAGGUUGAUAUGAUAGUCAGUGGUUCAGCAUUUACGGCUAUAGAUGCAGUGAAGCUAAUUGCAAUUAUUGUGUCUAUCAUUGUGAUUAUUGGCUGUGCUGUUCUUUACUAUAACUUGAGAAAAGAUUGGAAAAGAUAUGAGGGUAGAGGUAUUGUGCCAGUGGAUGAAGUAGAGGAUGAUGAUGGUGAAGGAGACGAGAUAUACAACCGUACCACAACCCCGACACAACCACAACCACCAAGACAACUUAGCCAGCCAGUCGCAGGUCCAAGUAGGAAUCAAUCGUCUGAACAUCUACUGUAUGGAAUAGACAAUCAAGGUUUAGAUACAGACUUUAAUUCAGUGUUCGAAAAUAUACAAAUUAAGUCUCCAAAUGCAAGUCUGAUUUAGUUAUAAAAAUAAAUAAAAUAUCUUUUACUUUCAUACUUGUGAUAAAACUAAUUCAAUGGUAAUGUAGAAAAACAACUUUGUUAAAUGU